AUGGCUAAGACAAUGAAGGUGGUCGGAACAUAUGGUUACAUUUCUCCCGAGUAUGCAGUCCAUGGGAGAUUCUCUACAAAGUCAGAUGUAUUUAGCUUUGGAGUUCUAGUGUUGGAGAUUGUGAGUGGAAAGAAAAACAGAGGGUUCUCUCAUGAAGGUCAAAGUGACAAUCUUCUUGGACAUGCAUGGAGACUCUAUAUAGAGGACAAGUCUAUUGAACUCGUGAAUGCAUCUAUAUGCAAAUCAUGUGUCGUCUCUGAAGUACUACGGUCAAUACAUGUUGCAUUAUUAUGCGUGCAACAUCAUGCAGAAGAUAGACCAACUAUGUUGUCAGUGGUUUUGAUGCUAACUAGUGAUUGUGUAUUGCCUCCACCUAAAGAACCCACUUUUUGGAGUGAAGAAAAUUACCGUCAACUUGGCUCUGUUUCAUCGAUGGAUGAAUACAUGCUAACACUAUUGUAUGCUACAUAG